AUGAGAAAAACGGUUUCAAUCUUGCGGGACCUAUCAGACCAUGACAUGGUGCAUUUCUUCAUACAACCUCAGAUUGUUGCUAGAACACUAGCAGGGGUUUUCUCUCUUGUUAUAUUUGCCUCCUUGGUGACUGAAGGAUAUCAAAACUUGACAACCUCUUCCCAGCUACAUUGUAUUUUGAAUGAUAAUGGGGCAGCCUGCUGCUAUGGCAUCACAGUUGGUGUACUUUCUUUUCUCCAGUGUCUCCUCUUUUUGGGCUUUGAUGUCUAUGAUACUUACAUUACUAAUCACAAGAUCAAGUAUGCCAUCCUUGUACUGGAUGUUACUUUCUCUAUCACAUGGACAUGCCUGUGGUUUGUUGGAUUCUGUUUCCUAGCCAAUCAGUGGAACCGGUCAACUCACUCCUACCUGCUGGGAACUAGUGCUGCACGGGGUAGCAUUGCCUUUGCCUUCCUUUCUGUUCCAUGCUGGGUAUACCUAGCCUAUCUGGCUGUGAAGAACCUGUGGGCUGAGCCACCUGUGCCGUAUAAGCGGACGCUGGAUGAAGGAUCUGUUGCCCUGACCACCCUUUCCACAUCUACCACCACCUCUCUUCCCAAUAACAUGGGGUUCCCUGAAAAUGUGGGUGCAGCUUCCUACCCAUCCACUCCUGUACCCCAUCGACUAACAUUAAUGAAUACUGAUGACUAGACAAUUAUUUGUUCCUAUAGUAAAUAAAGAGACUUUAUUAAAAAAAAUCAAAAUGUGUUUGUCUGAAGUUGAUUUUACUGAAGCAAAGCAAAAAUUAAGAUGGAUGGACAAGGAAUCUGUAAGUACAAUAUAACAAAAGGCCAUAAUAAUAAUACACAGAAGCUUCAUAAAGUCUGGAUGUUCAUCCAGAUCCUUCUUUCCUUGUUGGGGCUUCAUACAUACUGACUGCUUGUCCUGUCCCUUAAAACCAAAUUAAGACCAACACAUUGGAGACUUGUAUCUUAACAUGCUAAAAGCCAGCAUGCAAGAGGAAAAAUAAUACAUAUGGAGCUGCCAGGGUACUGCGUUAUAUUUUCAGAAGUGGAUAUAGCAUUGUGUAGGUAUUCCGGUUAAAAGCCCAUUUUAAGACAUAAAAACAAGCAUGUGGGGAAAUACUAAUAUUUCCUAUUCUCCAUUCAGUUGCUUAUCUAUAGGCAAUUGGUAAUCUCUCCAAUCAAGAAGAGACAAAUUGCAAAGCUGGUAUGAAGAAUUCUAUAUAUUAUGCCUUUAUCCUACCAGACUGAUUCAGAUAUGCUGCUUAUUUGGGUUAUGUGAAUCCUACACUGCAAGACUGUGUGGAAAGGAAUUCAGUAUGAACACAGCUGAGGCUGUACACAUGGAUAUACCCCAGAGGGGCCAACUGUAACUGCCUUAACCAUUGUGGCAAUUUUCUAGCUCAUGUGAUCACAGAAGUGGCUACUAGCUAUUGCAGGCAGUACCUGUGUGUAGUAUAAGCUACAAAUUUUUCCAAGGUGUUCCAUGGAAAAUGUAAGUGAUAAAGUGAGCUACCCCACCUUAAUUCAUCUAAUAAGGAUGCCGAGUUACAUUUUUAGCAAUCAGUUUUCUACAGGAAGCAACUUUAGAACCAUGAUAAUUCAUGUUGACCAAAACUAGACAAUUUACCAAUUGCUGCUGAAUCGUAAAUAUGUAAAUAAGCUCAGAAUCUUAGCCUAGACAUUCAUUUUCCAAUGGCUAAUCACAAUUAGAAACAAACUGCAAAUGUUUUGCUUUAUAAAUUUAAGAAACUAGCUGAGGAACUGUAGUAGUUGAGCACUGCUUCAACAGAUUGUAAUUUAGUAUGACUAUUUAAAAAUGGUCCCUUCCCAUACAUGCACUGAAUUCAAUGGGACUUAAUUCUAAGUAACUGUGUAAAAUUGCAUGUUGAGUGCAAUCUUACCUUCAUAGUCUUCAAAGCAACAAUUCUAAAGAUUUUUUUUUAAUUGAAUUGAAAUGUUAUGUUUAAAGAUCUCAUCUUAUGCACUCAUCCAAAGGGUGCCCUGGCUAUUAACUUCUGAGUCAGCACAUACAUACCUGUACUUUAAAUCAGGCUAUAAUGCAAAUCGGAAGCCUAGAUUGGCUAAAACAUGGCUUCAAUUUAUGUUUCCACUGAUUGUUCAAGGUCAUAGCAGCAGCACAACAGAGAUUAAAAAUGUACUUAUACGAAAACAUACAAAUUUGCGAUCGAUUCAGAGAUGAUGUAGUAUCAAGGCAGUAGUAUCAAGGAGCAGCAAAGAUGUGACAUUUAUAGAAAGCACGUUCUGACAUAAGCAUUUAAUGUAGAAUAGGCCCCAGGAGAAUCAGUCACUGCUUUAAG